AUGGACCAAAUUCUCAAUCUGCAACAGAAGGGCAUGACGGCUCUGCGACCCAGAGCAUUUAUGACCUCUCGUCCAACGGGAUGGCUGCGCAUUGUCAUCGUAGUAGCUGGUCUGUUUGCUCUCAUCGAGUCCGUCUCCCGGCUUAGCGGGCAUUCCGCUUUCACACCAGGAUGGGACAGUCUCUCCCACCCACCUGUUCUUCGUCCAGGUGAUUAUCGACAGCAGCCAACUCAUCGGUUACCGAGCGACAGUGCAGCGUCGGUGCAGGACGUCGGAGCUGACGAUAUGGGAAAUACCCACAAUGUCAGAGAUGAGAAUUUCUACUUGGGCGGCACGCGAACCUUGACGAGCUCUCAAUCCUCAGAGGGUAGACACCCUCAACCGGUCAUCUACGAUCCCUAUCCGGAGUACAACAGCAAGGCGUGGAGGAACAAAUAUCAUGGUCAAUUCAAGCCAUGUGAGGGUCCUCGAGGUCGUGAUCUGGAUCGCACUCGCAUGGAGGACAUGAUGCUGGUCUACAAGGGCAAUCAGAUCUCUUUCCCCGACCCGAAGUUCGGUUCGCAUGAGGCAAUGGGGCUGGAUGGUGAUGUCUGUACGGAUCGCUUCAGCCGCUUCGGUGCCUAUGGCUACGGUGCGGACAACGACGACGAGGUUCCAGGUUUCCUGCGGCCGGAGCCUGUGCACUGGGACAGUGUAGAUUGGAAUGCGCUCCAGACUCAGUGUUACGAGCGCAAUGCCGAUCGAUUCAAGCCUCGUGAUACCGAAACCCCGUCUGCGCGGGGCCCGUUAGCCUUCGAAUUCAAGCCUUCCCAUCCUCAAGCUGAGCGCGAGGAAGCCACAAACACCGGCAUGAAGCAGUAUCGCGCUCGCUCAGCCAUUCUGAUUCGCUCGUGGCACAGUAUGCUCUGGACUCCAAAUCAUCGGGAGUACCUGCGAGCUAUGAUCAUGGAAUUAAGUUUGCAUUCGGGCGGCGAGUACGAAGUGUUCCUGUUGGUGCACGUCAAGGACGACGCACUACCGCUCUUCUCCGACCCCCAGACCGUUCACGAACUGCGGCAAACGAUCCCACCAGAGUUCCGCAACAUGGCUUUGUUCUUCAACACCAAGCUGUUGGAGGCUUGGUACCCCAAGAUUGAAGAGCACACCCCGGUUCUCCAACAUCAUCAGCCCAUCCAGAUCUUUGCUCAGCUGUAUCCCCAAUUCGAUUACUAUUGGCAAUUCGAGAUGGAUGGCCGUCACACCGGCAAUAUUUACCACUUCUUAGACAAGGCGAUUUCCUUUGCGCGUGAACAGCCGCGCAAAUAUCUCUGGGAGCGAAACGCGUACUUUUACACACCCGGAGCCCAUGGCCCAUGGGAAGAGUUCAUGGAGAUGACGAAUCACAGCCUGCAGGGUCUGUCCGAUAGGACAAUUUGGGGUCCUGUUUUGGGGACGGGAAUUCGACCCUUGGGCCCUCAGCCCCCAACCCAGUCCCCCGACGAGGAUAACUUUAACUGGGGUGUUGGCGAAGAAGCGGACAUGAUCACCUUCCUUCCCGUCUUCAAUCCCAAGGAAACGACCUGGACUUUCCCCGACAAGAUCUGGAACUUCAAAAAUGGGCUGGAAACUCCGCGUCGCGCGGCAGUCAUCACGAUGGGCCGAUACUCAAAGCGCCUGCUUGGUCUCAUGCACCAGGCCCAGGCAACCCGGGGACUUGGACUCGCUUCUGAAAUGUCCGGUGUUUCGUGGUGCCUGUUCCAUGGCCUGAAGGCUGUUCAUGUUCCGCACCCCAUCUAUGCCGAUGGUCAGUGGACACCGCAGGAGCUUGCUCAGAUCUACAACCGCGGUACGCCGGAGAAUGUCAACGGUGGCCACGACAGCAUUUGGAACUGGGAUCACCUCUAUGAUCAUAUCAUGUACCGACUCUCCUACAUGUUCACAACAUUCACCGCCGAGGACCUGUAUCGACGAUGGCUUGGAUAUAAAACGACGGAGAACAAGGGCAGCACUAAGGCUUCUGAAGCCCAAUAUGGACGUCACUGCUUCCCAUCCAUGUUCCUCCACACCAUCAAAAAUACCGAGUACCGAUUUGGUCCCGACAAGGCAGUGCCUUGA